AUGAUUGAUGAUGAAAAACGAAUAAUAACGAUUUCUGAAUAUCUUGUUCAACUUGUUUUGAAACAAUCAAAUGGUUUAAUUCGUAUUGAUGAAGAAUUUCAGAAAAUUAUCGUUCAAUAUCAUACCAAUAAUAAAUAUAUACAUACAACUGCACAAAUGUAUGAAUCCUACAUUGAAUUCACAUCAGAAAAUGUUACUUUUACGUUUUAUGUACAAACAAUUGUGUCUACUUUACUUGAGACAGUACUCAAUGAUCAACUUAUGAAUAAUCCAUUAGCACCUAUUAAUAUUUAUCAACAGCUUAUUGAAAUUAUUUUAAAAUAUUUCGAGGAGCGAAAAUGCAUUGCCUCGAUAUUUAAACAAAUAACUCUUCAAUCCGCAAAAAAAUAG